UAUGACAUAUGGGAUCUUUCUGACUCAAAUUUAGACGUGGGAGCUCCAAUCUUUUUUUUUUCUUUUUUUUUUACCUCCACGCUGCAUUGGCAGAUUACGUCAAUUCAGCAAUGAAGAAGCGUUUGAUACAAAUAUUUGGCUUUUUGAUCACUUCUUUGGGAUGGGUGUUCAUUUUGAGCACUAUGGCAAUGGACAACUGGAGAAUCAGCCAGAUGGGAGGACAAGGUGGUUCCUUCAUAAUCAAGGUUGCCUGGUACUGGUCCAACCUGUGGAAGGACUGUUACACCGAGUCCAGCUCCGUCACCAACUGUAAAGAAUACGGGGUCCUCUGGGGUAUCUUGUAUUACGUCCAGGCAGUUCGGGGGUUGCUAAUGUGCGGCUUGACGAUUGGAUUUGUUGCAGUCGUGUGUUGCUUUGUUGGGAUGGAGUGCACUUACAUCGGAGGAGCGGAACCAACCAAAGACAAGCUGGUCUUUUCUGGAGCAGUUUUUCAUUUUGUUGGUGUUUCGUCGAAACCUUUCCACACAGGUGUGCCAAAUCUUGUUGCCUACUGCUUAUACAUCAACAGAAUUGCCAGAUCAGCUUAUGCUACCAAUUUACCAGCGGGAGAAUUACGGUAUGAAUUAGGACCACCCACAUUUCUGGGUUUGGUGGGAUGUUUUUUAAUAUUUUUUGGAGCUGUUCUGUAUGCUGUGACGGUCAUCAAAGUAAUAUACCCUAACAGAACAGUGAUAGAGGUAUAUGGAAGACCAACAUACAUGCCCCCAUCCUACAGAGGAAGAAGUUUGUACACAGGAUACUACCAACCCUCCCGACUCAAUGGGUCUUACGCCUCAGGACGAUCAAGCAGCAAGAUCUCAAAGCAGUCUCAAGCUACAUCAAAACUGUCAGAAAGAGAUGCAUUUGUGUAGUACCGCAGCUCUUUCAAGACUUGCAAAGUUCUGCAGCAGGGUUGUGAGGAAGUGUAUAAUGUCUGACUAAACUCAAUGCAGUGAUUUUGUAGCAUUUUCUAUCAAUGCUAUGUUUUUCGUCGCUGCUUAUCAUCAAUUAGCCAAUUGGUGUUUAGGUGCUAAUAAAGGCAAAGCCUGAGUUUUUGGAUUUCACCAUUUUUAAACAAUUCAUAUGACACCAAGUAAGAAUUGUUGUGAAAUUUAUAUAAAAAUGUUCAAAUAUUUUUAAACUUGUAAGU